AUGACUUCAAUCCUUCUUUACUCCACUUUCCUCGCUAUUAUUGUGUUAAAUUUUGUCCAAGCAACCUAUCCUGGUGAUGGAUGCUGCGUUACGUGGAGUAGCGAUGGCACUUGCUGCAUGAAUGCCUACUUUCAAUGCUGUGUAGACGCUGUUCCCGAUGUCAGCUAUUAUUCAACUAACUACUAUUAUGGUGGAGGCGGCUAUUACCCUGUUGGCGGAUGGGGACGAAGUUGGGGUGGUGGUUGGAACCAUGACGGUGGUUGGUAUCGUGGUGGCGGUUGGAACCGUGGCAAUGGUUGGCAUCGUGGUGGUGGCUGGAACCAUGGCGGUGGUUUUCACCGAGGGGGUGGCGGUUUUCACCGAGGGGGUGGCGGUUUUCACCGAGGAGGCGGCGGUUUUCACCGAGGGGGUGGCGGUUUUCAUCGAGGAGGCGGCGGUUUUCAUCGAGGAGGCGGCGGUUUUCACAGAGGAGGCGGCGGUUUCCAUCAUGGAGGUGUGAUUUACACCGGUACACAAAUACCUCGAUUGUAUAUUGGUUCUAUUGGUGUCGAUGCGUCGCUAUUCUUCUUUUCUCAGCAUAGUUGUAUCAAAGAAAUGUCUGAGAUGACCUUCUGCUUCGUAUUUGCAUUCAUUUUCUUGCCAAGUGUUAUUUUAUCACAUUCAUUUCCUGGCGAUGAGUGUUGUAUUCGAAGAAGUAUAAUACGAGGUUGUUGUGUGGAUAGAUUUGGCCGCUGCUGUGAUCCUUAUCGUUUUUCAAAAUUUCAUCCUGCGCCUGGUCAUCGUCGCUGGCGUGAUGAUGACUUAUAUUUUGAUCAUCAUGGUGAGGGUGGUCGACACCGAUUUGGUCCAGAUCGUGAUACACCGAAUCGCAACUUCUUUCCGCAUGAUCAAUCCUCAUCUCAUGCAUCAGAAGAUAAUCAAGAAGGUAUUGAACGGGGUGAAGACCAAGGUACUGGGCAAGGUGGCCGUAAAGGUGUUGGACGAACCGACGGUCAAGGUACUGGAAGAGGUGAUCGUAAAGGUGUUGGACGGGAUGAAGACCAAAGCACUGGAAGAGAUGAUCGUCAGGGUGUUGGACGAACCGACGGUCAAAGUACUGGAAGAGAUAAUCGUAAAGGUGUUGGACGGGAUGAAGACCAAAGUACUGGGCAAAGUGAUCGUCAAGGUGUUGGACGAACCGACGGUCAAGGUACUGGACAAGGUGGUCGUAAAGGCGUUGGACGAACCGACGGUCAAGGUACUGGAAGAGAUAAUCGUAAAGGUGUUGGACGGGAUGAAGACCAAAGCACUGGAAGAGAUGAUCGUCAAGGUGUUGGACGAACCGACGGUCAAGGUACUGGUAGAGAUAAUCGUAAAGGUGUUGGACGGGAUGAAGACCAAAGCACUGGAAGAGAUGAUCGUCAAGGUGUUGGACGAACCGACGGUCAAGGUACUGGAAGAAAUAAUCGUAAAGGUGUUGGACGGGAUGAAGACCAAAGUACUGGACAAAGUGAUCGUCAAGGUGUUGGACGAACCGACGGUCAAAGUACUGGAAGAGGUGAUCGUCAAGGUAUUGAACGGGGUGAAGACCAAAGCACUGGAAGAGAUGAUCGUCAGGGUGUUGGACGAACCGACGGUCAAGGUACUGGAAGAGAUAAUCGUAAAGGUGUUGGACGGGAUGAAGACCAAAGUACUGGACAAAGUGAUCGUCAAGGUGUUGGACGAACCGACGGUCAAAGUACUGGAAGAGGUGAUCGUCAAGGUAUUGAACGGGGUGAAGACCAAAGCACUGGAAGAGAUGAUCGUCAGGGUGUUGGACGAAGUGAAAACCAAGGUAUUGGACGAGGUGUAGGUAAGAUACUGGGAAAAGGCGUGGACAAGGUACUAACUAAUCUUGAAACAAUAAUCACUGUAAUAUGA